UGCGCAAACUAAACAGCAGCGUCAAUCCCAUGCACAUAUCAGGAGUUCUCAAAAAGCGCUCGGUGUCACAUUGCUGAUUUUUUCACACUCAAGCUGUUAAUGUUACAAAACCACCACCCAUUAUAAGUCAUUAAAUGUCGAUUUAACUAGUAUCUAACGUUAAGCAUUGUGCUAGCUUGGUAGCUAUCUGAAUACCAGAACAGUGCGCAGGUAGCUGCUACCGCCAGACCUGCAAGAUACACGUGGAAUCACUGAAUUGAAAAAGGAAUGACACAGUUGACUUCGGAGGACAACGAAGUGAUGGUGAAAAAUGAGAAGAUAGAAGAGACGAGUGAAAUUCCCACUGGUGUGAAGCCCAAGAAGGCCCGAAGCAAAGCUACAGGGAAAACCCAUAAUGGAAGCAAGGCCAAGGCCCCGAAGAAGAUCAAGGGCCAGAGGACUGAAGAUCCUGACUCUGAAGUAGAUUGCACUAUGCGGCUGACCGUGAAAGAGGAGCCCGACGCAGACUUUGUUACGGAGAAGAGAGGGAAGAAGAGGAAGAGGCUCAAAGAGGAGGAGGAGGAGGAGGAGGAGGAGGCUGGCGAAGGGCCCUCAAAGUCUCGCAAGUCGGAUAAGAAAUCGGUGAAGAAAAAGAAGAGAGGAGAGGAAGAUGGUGAGGCGGCUGCAGGGAAGAAGAGGGUGAAGAGCGAGGGGAAGCCGAAGAAGCCGAAGAAGGAGCCGAAGGAGCCGACGGAGAAGGACAAGGGGAAGAGGAGCAAGGAGGAGCGCGAGGCCGCCCGAGCCCUGAAGCUCAAACUCAAGGAGGAGGAAGAGCAGCAGCGCUGGAGAUGGUGGGAGGAGGAGCGCUACGAGGGCGGAAUCAAAUGGAGGUUCCUGGAGCACAAAGGGCCUUACUUCCCGCCAGAAUACCCGCCGCUGCCGCCCAACGUCCGCUUCUAUUAUGAUGGAAAGCCAGUGAAGCUGAGCCCUCGAGCAGAGGAGGUGGGCCUGUUCUUUGCCCAGAUGCUGGACCACGAGUACACAACAAAGGAAGUGUUCCGCAGCAACUUCUUCAGGGACUGGAGGAAGGAAAUGACGUUGGAGGAGAGGACGCUGAUUGCUGACCUCAACAGGUGUGACUUUGGCGAGCUCCAUGCAAUGCACAAGAGUAAGGUGGAAGCUCGGAAGAACAUGACCAAAGACGAAAAGCAGGUGAUCAAGGACGCCAACCAGAAGAUUGUGGACGAGUUUGGUUUCUGCUUGCUGGACCACCACAAGGAACGCAUCGGCAACUUCAAAAUUGAGCCGCCCGGUCUGUUCCGCGGCCGCGGUGAGCACCCCAAGAUGGGCAUGCUCAAGAAGAGGAUCCAGCCGGAGGACGUCAUCAUCAACUGCAGCAAGGACUCCCGUAUGCCGGAACCGCCCGCAGGCCAUCGGUGGAAGGAGGUUCGCCAUGACAACACGGUGACCUGGCUGGCCAGCUGGACUGAGAAUGUCCAGGGAUCGGUCAAAUACAUCAUGCUCAACGCUAACUCCAAGCUGAAGGGUGAGAAGGACUGGGAGAAGUAUGAGGUGGCUCGUCAGCUGAAGAGCCGCGUGGACCAGAUCCGGUCUCAGUACCAAGAGGACCUCAAGUCCAAACAGAUGGUCACUCGCCAGAGAGCCGUGGCCCUCUACUUCAUCGACAAGCUGGCUCUGAGAGCGGGUAAUGAGAAGGAGGAGGGCGAGUCGGCGGACACUGUGGGCUGCUGCUCGCUGCGUGUGGAGCACAUCACCCUGCACGACACGCUGGAUGGAGAGCAGUGCGUGGUGGAGUUUGACUUCCUGGGUAAAGACAGCAUCCGCUACUACAACAAGGUCCCGGUCAGCAAACGGGUCUUCAAAAAUCUCAAGCUUUUCAUGGAGAACAAGCAGCCAGGAGAUGACCUGUUCGACCGGCUGAGUACCAUGACACUGAAUAAGCACCUGAGUUCUCUGAUGCCCGGACUGACGGCGAAGGUUUUCAGGACAUUCAACGCCUCCAUCACCCUGCAACAGCAGCUGAAGGAGCUGUCCAACAUGUCAGACAGUGCGGCGGAGAAGCUCCUGUCCUAUAACCGGGCAAAUCGUGCGGUGGCCAUCCUGUGUAACCAUCAGCGCGCGCCGCCCAAGACCUAUGAUCAGUCUAUGGCCAAUCUGCAGUCCAAGAUUGAUACCAGGAGAGAGCAGCUGGCCCAGGCCAGGCUUGAGCUGAAGCAGGCCAAAAAGGACGCCAAAAAGAGCUCGGACACCAAGCUCAUGACUGUGUUGGAGAAGAAAAAGAAGGCCGUGGCCCGCUGCAAGGAGCAGCUGUUGAGGAUGGAGGUGCAGGCCACAGACAAGGAGGAGAACAAGCAGAUUGCCCUGGGCACCUCCAAGCUAAACUACCUGGACCCACGCAUCAGUGUGGCCUGGUGUAAGAACUUGGAUGUGCCACUGGACAAGGUCUACAACAAGAGCCAGAGAGACAAAUUCGCCUGGGCUGUCCACAUGACUGAAAAGGACUUUCAGUUCUGAAGCACUUCAUCAAAUGUUUCUAGUCAUUUAGCCAUUUACUUUUUAAAAAGUCACGUUUUUAACAGCCAUUGUUAGCACUUAUUGGUUUUACUUAUUUUAAUUAAAAGUGUUUUAAAAGUGUUUUAAUUAAAAUUUUUGAAUAAAGUUGUCUUCAAAGGCA